AUGUCCUACACGUCAAUCUUCCCACCCCUAGACAUACCCAAGUCGAAUAUCUUGUCAUACCUUUAUCCCUCAAACCAAACUGUUUCCGACAAGGCGAUAUGGAUCGAAGUGAAUGAUCCCAAUAAUUCCCUAUCUCCAAGGCAGAUGCUUUCCUGGGUGAGACGGCUUGGAUAUGGCCUUGACCGUCUCGGCAUCGGCAAAGAGGAUGUGGUCAUGAUUUAUACGCCAAACCACAUCUUCGUUCCUGUUGCGUACCAAGGAAUCUUGGGAUCAGGGCGGAUCUUCAGCGGCGCAAAUCCGAUCUAUACUCAAUCCGAGAUCGAGCAUCAGCUCAGCAACACCGGUGCAAAGGUGAUUCUAGCGCACCCAAGUCUCAUCAGAAGAGCCGUAGCCGCUGGCUCCCGUGUCGGGAUCCCGAGAGACCGCAUUUUUCAAUUCUCGGAUUACCCAUGCGAACCCAUUGACGGUGUGCUCGAUUGGAGAACUAUGAUCGGGUCCGAAGAAGAGGCCAAAACAUGGAAAUGGGAUGACAUGGCGGACACGUCGACUUCUGCCGUCGCAACCAUCAACUACUCGUCCGGGACUACAGGGUUGCCUAAAGGCGUCUGCGUGUCACACCACAACCUGAUCGCGAAUGUUGAGCAGACCAUCUUCAUGCGCGACCAAGAGACGUCCCAUGUACUUGUACCGGGGAGUCGACCUGAAGAACGAUGGAUCGGGUUUUUGCCUCUGUAUCAUGCGUACGGGCAGCUCUACGCCUGCUUAAUGGCACCUAAACUGGGGUUCCCCAUAUAUGUCAUGCGAAAGUUCGUGUACGAGGAAUUUCUGAGCACCAUCCAGAAAUACCGGAUUACUCAUCUUCAAGUCGCUCCCCCGAUUCUGAUCAUGCUUGACAAGAGGCCAGAAACACCUCGGUACGAUCUUAGCAGCGUUAAAAACAUUCUGUGUGGGGCGGCACCGCUAUCGAAAGAGCUGCAAAACACUAUCCAAAAGCGCUUCAAUAUCAAUGUCGUGCAAGGCUGGGGAAUGACCGAGGUAACAUGUGGAGCUAUCCAUGUCCCCGGUGGUCGUCACGAUCAGUCCGGCAGCGUCGGCCUACUAGAUCCCAACUGCGAAUGUCAACUUCGGGAUGAAGACGGCAAGAUGGUAGCAUCGGGUGAACCCGGCGAAAUGCAUGUUAGAGGCCCAAAUACGUGCCUGGGGUAUUGGCGAAAUGAUGAAGCAACAAAAGACAGCCUUGAUGCCGACGGUUGGCUUAGAACAGGCGAUAUAAUGGUCGCCAGGGAUAACUGGUUCUGGGUAGUCGAUCGGAAGAAGGAAUUGAUCAAGGUGAAUGGGCUGCAAGUUUCGCCCGCCGAGCUCGAGGCGACCCUUCUCGAGAAUGAUAAUAUUGCCGACGCUGGAGUGGUUGGAGUUACCAUCGAAGGUCAGGAAUGGCCUCGAGCUUACGUGCGAACCAAGGAUGGCGCAUGUGAAAAACUAUCCGAGGCUCAUAUCCAAAAUUAUAUGAACCAUCGUGUAGCAAAGUACAAGCAACUGGUGGGAGGUGUGAAAUUCGUCGAUGAGGUUCCCAGGCUGGCCAGUGGGAAGAUUCAACGGAAAACACUUAAAGAAUGGGCUCGACGGGACGCAGGCAAUGUACGCGCAAAACUUUAG